CAGCGUCUGGCUAGAGAGAGGCUAGUGGAAGGAAGGGGGGGGUGGGCAUUUUGCUGCGUCACGAGCCGCUUGGAAGCCGCCGUUGCUGGAGAAGAAGCGAGAGGGAGAGCGCGCGCGCGUGGUGCUUUGUGGGUAACAGGCCUGAGCCUUUGAGCUUGAGAAGGAGUCCCUGCCUCCGCCGCCUGCUCCUCACCUUUGCUAAGAGCCCUCCCGUCCCGCCUUCGUUUUUCCUGCCCGAGUCCUUCGGAGAGACGGAGAAAGGGAAGAGAACACGAGGAGCCGCUGCCGCCGACAACGCCGUUCGCCAUGCAGCCUGCUUCUGCGAAAUGGUAUGAUCGAAGGGACUACGUCUUUAUUGAAUUUUGUGUUGAAGACAGUAAAGAUGUUAAUGUAAAUUUUGAGAAAUCCAAACUUACGUUCAGUUGUCUUGGAGGAAAUGAUAACUUCAAGCAUUUAAAUGAAAUUGAUCUUUAUAAUUCAAUUGAUCCAAAUGAAUCCAAACAUAAAAGAACAGACAGAUCUGUCUUAUGUUGUUUACGAAAAGGGGAAUCUGGCCAAUCAUGGCCACGGUUAACAAAAGAGAGGGCAAAGCUGAAUUGGCUCAGUGUUGACUUUAACAACUGGAAAGACUGGGAAGAUGAUUCUGAUGAAGAUAUGUCCAAUUUUGAUCGCUUUUCUGAAAUGAUGAACAACAUGGGAGGCGAUGAAGAUGUAGAUUUGCCAGAAGUAGAUGGAGCAGAUGAUGAUUCACCAGACAGCGAUGAUGAAAAAAUGCCAGACCUGGAGUAAGGAAAACUGAUGUCUUUUGUGGUUUAGGGAAAGAACUUCAUCACAACAUUUCAUAAUUGAGAUAAGAAUUCCUGAGUUGAUAGCUCUAAAGGCAGAAAAUGCAUCCUUUAACUCAUCUUCAACCUGAUUUAAGCAGCUUCAUUGAUUAUUGGUGCGUACCAUUGUCAGGGCAGUCUUAAGCUACGUGAGGCAAUAAUGUUAUGCAUGAAAGGUUUUCCAAACUUCCAAAACAACCACAAACAUAAACAAUUGAGGUAUAGGCAAUCGAUACAAAACAGUUGCAAUAAAAGGGUUUACAACGCCUCUUUGCCUCAUAAGAUACUACAAUGGGAAAAUUCUCAAUUUACAUGAAGUGGUAAACAUGUACUUUCCCCCUCACAUUGUGGACUGCAGAUAACUUUAACGUUUCAGAUUUUAUGCCUGGAACAUAACUGGCUGAAGCAAUGUUUUAAUUGGCUUUCAAAAUUUAAACUGGUAACAUGCUGUACCUCUAGGGGUGCCUUCAGGGUAUGUUCCACUAAUGUUUAAUGCUCUUCACUUUGUUGUAUUUAAUCACUAGUUAGUGUUCAAGAUAUCCUAGCUAAAACUAGCAACCCCUUUAAAACUUAAAAUAGGUGAAGCCUGUACAUUUGGUUGUUUGAUCCUUAAAGCUCUUGCAUCUCUUAAUAUGGAGGGGUAAGGGCCUGUACGUUGUUGCUUGUCAAUCUGUACAUUUAGACCAAAUUGUAUUUGCACUGUUGGUAUGAAAGCGAGUGACAAAAUGUUAAUACACUAUUGGAUCUUCUUUUGGGUUUUUUUUUUUGACCAGCUUCUGAUAAGCCUAAAAACCUCAAUUUGUGUUCAAAGCAGUGGGGAUUUUUUAAUGUCUACAUUAUUUCUAAUAAACUGUUGAAGAUUCCAUGGCUGUCAACUGUCUGGCUGGCUGUAACUUCAUGUAUUCUUACUGUUUGUUGGAAUGGAAUACUUAAUUUCUAGUUGGAAUGAUAGGAUGGGAUUAUUUCAUCUGUUUGAAGGAGGAAAAUUGUAAUAUUCCCAAGCAAGCAUUUAAAAAAUAAAAUAGGAUCUGUAAGUUGUGGGUGCACUGACAACAAUUUAAAAAAAUGUUGUGAUUUGACUAAAAUAAAAGCAAGUUUUGUCCUCCUUUAAAAA